AUGUCGUCAACGCCAGGUUGGGUUAAACAACUGAAGCCCUCAGGCCCCCAGGGCUCCGAACUUCUUGCUGCAGAGCGCGCAAGCUCAAAUCUCCCGGUGGAGCAGCUCUCCGAGUUGUUGUUCACCAAGGAGGGUCUGGCUAGGAAGAACAAGGUCCUCAGUGUGCUGAAGUCGGAGAAGCUUUUCGACAAGACCCCAAACUACUAUCUGGGACGGACUGAACACUUCCAGAGUGCCGUUAGACGCGCAAAGGCCCUCAGGAACCUAAGAGUGAAGAAUAACUGGACUUUGGAAGAGUACCGGUUGGCGAAUGAGCUCAUCAGCGAGCCUCUUCCCUAUAGUCUGCACGAUGGCAUGUUCGUGGUGACGCUCAGUGAGCAAGGCACGCCCGAGCAACAAAAGCUCUUCACGAAGCCGGCAGAGGACUACAAGAUUAUAGGAUGCUACGCGCAGACGGAGCUGGGCCACGGUUCCAACGUCCGUGGCCUCGAGACGACAGCGACUUGGAACCCCCAGGAUAAGACCUUCAUCAUCCACUCGCCCCAUCUUACUGCCAGCAAAUGGUGGAUUGGUAGUCUCGGCAAGAUGGCAACCCACGCCUGCGUCAUGGCCCAGCUCAUCAUCAACGGAAAGUCGUAUGGACCUCACCCUUUCAUCGUGCAGAUCCGCGACAUGAAGACCCACGAGCCUUUGGAGAAUAUCCACGUCGGUGACGUUGGCCCCAAGUUUGGCUACAACACCAUGGAUAACGGGUUUCUUCUCUUCAACCAUGUCAAGGUCCCUCACGUCAACAUGCUUGCGCGCUUCUCCCGUGUUGAUCCCGAGACCAACACGUACGUCCCGAAUCCUGUCCCCACCUUGGUGUACGGCACCAUGACCUGGGUCCGGUCGACCAUUGUGAUGCAGGCCGGCAGUGCUCUUGCCCGUGGUGUCACCAUCGCCACUCGUUACUGCGCCGUUCGGCGCCAGUUCCAGGACCGGGACGCACCCGCCUCGGCAAAGGAGACAGCCGUCCUGAACUACAAGAUGGUGCAGGCCAGGCUUUUUCCCCUCCUGGCGGCUACUUACGCCCUCCACUUCACUGGCAAGGCCAUGAUGGACAUGUAUUCCGAGAACCAGAAGCAAGGCGGCACUGGCAUUUUGGCCGAUCUCCAUGCCUCGUCUUGCGCUCUCAAGGCUCUUUCAAGUACAAUCGCAGUCGACGGCCUUGAAGCUUGCCGAAGGGCAUGCGGUGGGCAUGGUUUCUCCUCGUUCAGUGGUAUCGGCCAAUACUAUGGCAACUAUCUCCCGACUGUCACAUUCGAGGGUGACAACUACAUGCUGACCCAGCAGGUGGCGAACUAUCUGCUCAAGUCUGCUCGUGACGUUCUGGCGGGCAAGCCUGCUAAGAAUGAGACGACUCGAAUCCUCUCCGAGUUCCGCUCGCGUGCCGAGACCGGCUGCGCUUUCGAUGUCAUUGGCUCGGACGCAGACAUUGUCGCUGCUUAUGCCUGGCGCGCGUCGUCGCUGGCGUUUGAUGCUCAACACAAGCGCGAGACCCUCAAGACUCCCUGGAACGACCUCUUGGUCGACUUCUACCGCCUCAACAAAUCCUUUGCGCAGUACAUGGUCGUCAAGAACUUCUACGAGACGGUCCAGGCAGAGGCCAAGCGUGGCCAGGUCUCCCGAGAUGCAGUGGCCAUCCUCCGCGCCCUCUUCCGCCUGUACGCCCUCUGGACCCUUGACCAGGAGGCGUCCGAGUUCACGGGCACAGGCGCAUGCAGCGAGCGACAGGUUGCGCUUAUCCGCGUAACGGUAGAACAGAAGCUGCUGGCGGAGAUCAGGCCGCAUGCCGUCCGACUGGUGGAUGCUUGGGCCUUUGACGACUGGGUCCUCGACAGCAGUCUCGGCCGGUACGAUGGCAAGGUGUACGAGGAUAUGUUCUGUCGCGCAAGCGAGCUGAACCCUCUAAACCGCAUCGUCGUGGACCCAAAUCCCAAUUCCGACGUCAUCUUCAGGAAAAUUGAAGGGCAGGAUCCGCGCAGCAAGCUGUAG